AUGCGAGUUCCACAGGCAGGGAAAUCAAAGACAAUCAUUGAUACUAACACAAAAAUUGCUCUUACAUGCACAGAUGAUGCCAAAGUCAUAAUUUAUUACACCAUAAAUGGCACCAAGCCUGAACCAUUCCAGCCAAGGACAACUCCAGGAUUUUGUACGAUCCGAUACAGAAAUCCUAUCAAACUGCCAAGUGGGAAAGUAACACUGAAAGCACUUGCCAUUGCAAAGGAUGGUGUACGUGAAAGUAAUGUUGUGAGCAAGACGUUUGAUGUAGAAUAUGUUUCAAGUGAAGAAGAGACAAAAUUAGAAGAGGACAACAGCUUGGCAUUUCAGGAUGAAAUUGCUGAAGAAAAGGUUAAAUUGCAAAUGAAAAGAUCAGCAAAGAAUCUUCAGCUUUCAGCAAAAUCUGCUUGGAAAGAAGUUCCCCCCCAGAAGAAUGUGUCGCAACUUAUGACCAGUCGAUCUUUGGAUGAUGGGAGAAAACCACAGACAAGUGUUCGGUUCUUAGAUGAAAGAUUCACAAGGAAAGAAAAUUCAACUUCCAAGCCUCUACACUCCACAAAAUGCCAACUGCUUGAGACAAUUGCUGACCAACUUUCUGCUUCUGAAUGGAAGGGCAUCCCUGAGCCUCGAAAACCACCAGAGAAUUCCACCCAAAGUCUGCGUCUUCAGAAACAAACAGAUUUUCUCAAGUGUGUCUAUUGUUUUGCUGACCGUCCUGCUGACCCUUGUGCAAAAUUCUGUAAUGUCUGUGGUAAACCAGUGCCUCCAUUACCCCAAAAUCGUUUGCCUCCACCUGAACCUGGACAGAUGGGUCUUUGUUUAUAUUGUAACUCUUUAGUACCCCUAAACACUGACUCUUGUGUUGUAUGUGAGGGGCCAAUUCCAGUUCAGAACCAGCCCCAGGCCAGUAUUAAGUUAUCUGACAGAUUGGUAUGCUUUGUUUGUGGCACUGCCAACCCCUCCAAUCUAUUCACCUGUGUCCUGUGUGAUUCAAAACUUUCAAAAGAGACACAUCUCCAGAAAUUUCCUGCCAAUGAAGAAUUUCUUUUCUCCGCCCCAGGAACAAAUAACAAUGCAAAGUUUUUGAAAUGUUCAAAAUGUCUGCGAAUCAACAACAUUGAUGCUCGUUAUUGUGAUUGGUGUGGCAGUCAGCCGAAUCAGUCCAGUUGCAUUCAGUGUUCCAAUUGUCGGGCCAAUAAUCACGUCAUGUCCACCUAUUGUGGUGGUUGUGGAAUGGUCAUUACACCACCUUACAGAAACCCAAACCCAAACACAAGUGCGGCUCUUGUAACUUCUGGAGAUAAUCAAUGGCUGCCAAUGUCUCGGAAUCACAAUCCCAUGUCAAGGUUAAUGAAUUCUGUUGCUACCCAGACAGUUGGUCUUUUUUAUCCGUCCCAGAGGGAAAUUCGCAAAAAGGAAGAAGAAGAAGCUGAAAAGGUAGCCUUUGAAAAACAAAUGAGGGACAGGCAACCAUUGUUGACUGCCAUCAGUCCAGGUCGAGGUUACUGGCGUAAGCAGAUUGAACACAUUUGCCAACACCUCAAGGUGCAUGCCCAAAACUGUGCCGAUUUUCGAGCACUCAUUGCAGAACCCAAAAUGGGAAAGUUGGUCUCUGGUACGGUGCAUGAGGAUGCUUAUGAACUCAGCUUGACUCUGAAUUUUGCCCUGUGGGAUCCACCUCCGUCCAUGGCCAAUGGGAACUUGACAGUCACUCCAGCCAGAGAAGAUUAUACGUCUCCUUACCCAGAUGGAAACAUUCUGGAAAGUUUCCGAAGUGAAUCUAGCCAGGUGUCCGAGACAACAGAAGACUCAGCAACAGAAAAAGUCAUGAAGACUAAGAAGAUUCGAAAAAUGAAGUCGACCAAAAAAACCUCUGAAAACAGAUUAGCGCCCAUUGAUCACAAACUCCUGAAGGAAGUUGGUGCAAAAGGAGGAGGAGAAGUUUCCCAAGUGCAACAACUUAUUGAUGAGGGUGCUGAUCCAAAUUGCACCAACAAAGAUGGAGUUCCAGUGUUGUGUGUAGCUGUGAAGAAUAAACACAAGGAUUGUAUUCCUGUCAUUGUUCAAGCUGGUGCUGUCAUUAACCAAAAGGGACCUCCAUCUUGCCAUGGUAACACAGCUCUCCAUCAAGCGGUGAAUUUAGGACCCGAAGGCGUAGACAUCUUAGAAGUUUUACUGAGAUGCGGAGCUGACAUGAAAAAGAAAAAUGACCGCGGAGAAACUGCUUAUGAUUUGGCAAUAAAGUCAGGAUAUGAGGUUUUAAGUCGGAGACUUGUGGCCAGCCUGGGCCAGUCCCAGUUAGAAAAACUUCUUAGGGGUAAGCAAACCCCUCUUGAGUGA